AUGACACAUUUGAACUUACCACAAAGCCUGAAAAUAGAAAUACAGUGGGGGGGAAGAUGGGUUUAUGCCAUUAAAACUGACCCUAAUGGGGAAGAGAAGUACAAAGCCCGCUUUGUAGCCAAGGGAUAUUCGCAAAUACCAGGUGUUGAUUAUCAUGAAACCUUCUCACCCACUGCAAGAAUGACAUCUAUUAGAAUCCUAAUGCAAUUAGCGGUGCAAUACAAUCUGACAAUACAUCAAAUGGAUGUGAAAACAGCAUAUCUGAACGCACCUAUUGACUGUGAGUUAUAUGUUGAACAACCUGAAGGUUUCACUAUGACAGGAAAAGAUGGUGAGUAUCUUGUUUACAAACUUAGAAGAUCCUUAUAUGGACUGAAGCAAAGUGGUCGUAACUGGAAUAGUGUGCUACAUUCCCAUUUAGUUAGUGAGGGGUUUAUUCAGUCACAAUCAGAUAGUUGUGUUUACACCAAAGUUUCAGGUAAGUCGAUGACCAUUGUGAUAAUUUGGGUUGAUGAUAUAAUAAUUGCAUCAAAUUGCACAGUUACGCUAACGAAUGUGAAAGGUAAUCUAGGUAAGAGAUUUCAAAUGAAAGAUAUGGGAAAAUUAUCAUGGUUUUUAGGCGUAGAAUUUAUAUGUGAAGAGGGAGUAAUUAAGAUGAACCAAACAAAAUACAUUAAAAGACUAUUGUCGAAAUUCAGUAUGGAAAAUUGCAAACCCAAAUCCACUCCAUGUGAGAUGAACUCACAUAAGGUAAGUGAGGAAAAUUCAGUGCCAACUGAUAACAGAUUGUACAGAGAGAUCAUAGGCAGUCUUGUUUACAUAAUGACUGCAACUAGGCCAGAUCUUUGUUAUAGUGUAACGAAACUUUCACAAUAUUUGUCAGCACCAACCAUGAGUCACAUAAACACUGCAAAGCAUGUAUUGAGAUAUGUCAAGGGCACAGCUAACAGAAGUCUAAUCUUCAGGAAAGCUGAUGAGCCACUGCACUUAGUUGGUAGUUGUGAUGCUGAUUGGGGUGCGUCAGAAGAUAGACGCAGUAUAACCGGGUACGGUUUCCACCUUUGUAGCAAAGGUCCUUUGAUUUCCUGGAAGAAUAGAAAGCAACCUACAGUUGCUUUAUCCAUAUGUGAAGCUGAAUAUAUGUCUUUAGCUUCAGCUGUUCAGGAAGGUAAGUUUCUUUCUCAGCUGUUGGAGGAUAUGGUUAAAAUUAAGUUUACUCCAGUGACACUUCACUGUGACAAUCAGGGAGCUUUAGCCUUGGCAAUAAACCCUGUUCAGCACCAAAGAUCAAAACAUAUUGAUAUACGUUAUCACUUCGUAAGAUCGGAAGUUCAGAGAGGUCUCCUUCAUUUAUUGUAUGUAACAUCAAAAGAUAACUUAGCUGAUAUAUUUACCAAACCAAUAUCAGGACCGAGAAUAAUAAAAACUUUUGUUCCUAUUAUACUAGGAGUAUAA